CCAUUUUCUUUUCAACAGAAUCAUCAAAGCCCAACCAUCCUUCCAUUUUUGUGCACCUUCCCACUCAUUUUUUCUCCAGAACUCUCCCAUGGAAAGCGAUAAGAACUUCUCUUCCACACCAUCUUCUUCUUCUUCAACGUCAGCAUCAGCAACAGUUUCAGGUUUGAAAUUGCAACGUGAUCAGUCUGAAAGUGAUCUGAUGAAUAAUGGUAAGCAUCAGAAAUGGAAGAAGAGAGAGAGAAGUGAGAGUGAUGAUAAUAAUAGUACUGAUGAAGGGAAUAAUAAGCAUUAUUGUUCUACUUACAGAGGUGUGAGAAUGAGAGCUUGGGGAAAAUGGGUUUCUGAGAUUCGUGAGCCCAGGAAGAAGUCAAGAAUAUGGCUUGGAACAUAUCCUACUGCAGAAAUGGCGGCUCGAGCUCAUGAUGUAGCCGCUUUAGCCAUCAAAGGUCCGUCGGCUUACAUCAAUUUCCCAGAACUGGCUCACCGGCUUCCCCGCCCGGCCAGCUCGGCUCCCAAGGACAUCCAGGCCGCGGCUGCAAAGGCGGCGGCCACCACCAUCAUGAUCCAUGAUGAGGUCAAACACUGUCAAGCCACCGAGGCAGAAGCUGGAGGAGCCGAGCCAAGCCGGGAAGCGCAGGCUACUUCUUCUUCCUCCUCCUCUUCAAGUUCUGUUCCUGAUCAGGGCGACGAUACAUGGUUUGACCUUCCAGAUCUGUUCACUGAUGGGGACAUUAAUGGAGUCUGCUCAUAUUCUUCUUGGAAUUUAUGUGCAGUAGUUGAUAGUGGUUUAAGGCUUGAUGAGCAAUUCGUAUGGGACAGGUAUUAAUGUUGUUUUUUGUGGGAAAAAAAUUAUGAGAGGGAAAUUGUAAGCAUUAAUUCAGAAUUUUGAAUGUCUAUUUCAUCACUGUGGUUUUUUCCCCUUUUAGACAUAACCUAGUUGAGAGAAAAAGAAUCAGAACGUUUUACAAUGUUUAUGUCCGAAUGAAUGAAUGAAUUAUGUUUGUUUUGUA